AAAAUAACAAUACGGUAUCGUAUCAGUGUGAUGAUUGGAAAGCGCUCUUUAUUUUGUCUUUUCCUUUAAAUAACUUAUAUUAUCUACGAUCGCGAGCCGUCUUGCAAAUAAAGCAAAACUUCACAAGUGGGAUUUCGAGAAGAUUGUUAAGAUUGAAACGGAUAUCUUCUCGUAUCUUGCGGACAUUAUCGCGCAAUAUUGACAGCAUUCGGAGCUUCUGAAACUCCAAGAUGAACAUGCAUUUGGGAUUUCUCUCACAAUAGUUAGCUAUGCCACCUUCUUGUUUACUUGGUAAAUAUUCCAAGACCUCCUCUGAGUAGAGAAGUAAAGUUUCGCUAUAUCAAGUUUUUCUCGGAGGUGAUCUCGUUUGAACUCUCCUCGCCGCUGGAAACGAGUCGCAUUGUAUCGGUCGUUACCACAGAAAGUGUUGCGGGAUAGCAUGGCAAUGGUAGUAAAUCAGUGGCAAGAGAACAUUUCGGCUGAUCCCGGCUCCCAGCUGCAAAUGUGCAGUCAGGAGCCCGGCGGGACACCGGGAACUCCCUCCGGUUCAACCCCGGGCAACGACGCGCUCUCCGGGGACAAAAUUCCCAAUGUGGACUGCAUGGUGUGCGGGGACAAGUCCAGCGGCAAACACUACGGCCAGUUUACCUGCGAGGGCUGCAAGAGCUUCUUCAAGCGCUCGGUCAGACGGAACCUGAGUUACACCUGCCGGGGGAACCGCGACUGUCCCAUCGACCAGCACCAUCGGAACCAGUGCCAGUACUGCCGCCUGAAGAAGUGCCUGAAGGUCGGAAUGAGGAGAGAGGCUGUGCAAAGGGGUCGUAUGUCCAACUCGCAGUCCAGUCCAGGACAGUACCUGAGCAACGGGAGUGACCCAUACAACGGGCAGCCGUAUCUCUCAGGCUUCAUCUCUCUGCUCCUACGGGCCGAGCCGUACCCCACGUCCCGCUAUGGAGCCCAGUGCAUGCAGUCCAACAACCUAAUGGGCAUCGAGAAUAUCUGUGAAUUGGCCGCCCGUUUGCUGUUCAGCGCUGUGGAGUGGGCAAAGAACAUCCCUUUCUUUCCUGACCUACAGCUCAUGGACCAGGUGGCACUUUUGCGUAUGUCGUGGAGUGAGCUGUUUGUUCUAAAUGCUGCUCAGUGCUCUAUGCCACUGCAUGUAGCACCCCUGCUGGCCGCUGCUGGUCUACAUGCUUCCCCCAUGUCAGCCGAAAGAGUGGUGGCCUUCAUGGACCACAUACGUGUCUUCCAAGAGCAGGUGGAGAAACUGAAAGCCCUUCAGGUAGACACGGCCGAAUACUCCUGUCUGAAGUCCAUAGUACUCUUCACCUCUGAUGCCAUGGGUCUGUCUGAUGUGGCCCAUGUGGAGAGUAUCCAGGAAAAGUCCCAGUGCGCUCUCGAGGAGUAUGUGCGGAACCAAUACCCCAAUCAACCCAACCGAUUCGGCCGCCUGUUGUUACGGUUGCCCUCCCUGCGCAUCGUGUCUUCUCCUGUUAUCGAACAGCUGUUCUUCGUGCGACUGGUCGGCAAAACGCCCAUCGAGACCCUACUGCGGGACAUGCUCCUUUCUGGCUCCAGCUACAACUGGCCUUACAUGCCCGUCCAGAGAGACAGGCCCAUCUCACUCCAUUACAAUGAGAAUGGGCCCUGAUCCUGCCCCCAUAAUCCAUAUCACACCCCCGCCGCCAUGGGGUCAUGGCCGAUGCAGAGAAUCUGUUAGCAAGCCACGCCCCUUUCUGCCACAUCAUCACCUGCUUACUUACCUGAAGCACCAGCUGUUUGUUCCAUCAAGGGGAAUGGACCACAGCGCUCAUAUAGACACCGAACUGUUUCCUACAGAGGUUUUCUAUGAAUGAGGACUGAACGAGAACAUCCAUUCCUGAUUUUGACUCAACCAGAAGCCAUUAAAGCUGAUGCCAAAACUUUACUAGAACAGCUAUUAGAUGGACCUCGAAAACCACUUGUAUUAACAGGAGAGUCAAGUUUCUGUCUGUUUGUUUGGGGGUUUGUAUUUCACCCCAAAUACAACCGAGAAAAAGGCAUGACUCUUGCAAGACUCAUUGGAGAGAAAGCCAUUGCCAAAGUAGGACAGGCAACUGAACUCUCGGGAGCAUUUUGUGGAAUUGAUGACUAAGGUGAAAUUUUGUUUGUCUUGUUGAUUUUUGCAUUUAGGUCUCUGAUGAAGUGGGAAGACUUGAAAGAGGCACUUGAAACCAGCCAGAUAACCCUCACUUUCCGUGCUUUUCUCAGCUGCAUCCAAAUAAUCAGCACACCUAGACAGAAUGUUGCCAUGUCAAGCACAACAUGCGUCUUGUUAAAUACAGGUGUUUAUCUCCUGUAGCUUCAAGAAAAACACUAGGGUAAAAUAGGGUAUUCUGGGACAUUUGUGAAAGUCCGGAACAUUGAACAUUGUCCAAGCCAACAAAGUCUAUGCUAACUGUACCAUAUUCUAACUGGGUUGUCAUAGGAUGAAGUCUUGCUUGAUUGUGUAAAGUAUUGAGGUGGCAGUCAAACAUGCAAAAAUGACCCAGCUUACCCUAAUUCACCCGACAAACUCAAGACCUCAAUUAUGCCAAUAGUCUGCCUUUGAUGACCAAGUAUAUUGUGUAGCAUACUGUAGGUUUCAUCAAGUAUUUUUGUUAUUUUCUUGCUCGUUUGGAUAUGUUUAAACCCCAUUGUCACAUUUUUUUAACAUGGCACUACAGCUUUUAAGGCAGCAUUUGGAUAUAAAAGCCAUUGGACCUUUGAAAGCAGGACCUGUUGUAUUAGUUCACAGAAUAUUUCUAUCAAAAUAUGUUUUUCUGUAUUUUAGGUUUGAAGAAAUGAAUUAAUUAAAUAAAAGUCUGUCAUUCACUGAAUUGCUGCUGU